AUGACAAUGGAAACUGAUGCAGAGAAGCAUAUAAACAGUGAAAAUCUGAAGAAGAACAGAAUUCAAGUGUCGAACACAAAAAAACCUCUCUUCUUCUAUGUCAAUCUUGCUAAGAGGUACUUGCAGCAGAAUACUGAGAUUGUGCUUUCUGCUUUGGGCAUGGCAAUUACCACAGUUGUCACAAUAGCCGAAAUUCUAAAAAAUAGCGGAUUUGCCACCGAGAAGAAGAUUUUAACAUCCACAGUAGGAAUGAAAGACGAAGCCAAGGGACGUUUAGUUCAGAAAGCCAGGAUUGAAAUUGUGCUGGAAAAGGGUGAGAAAUUUGAGACACUGAUGAACCCAAGCCCAGCAGUAGUGCAAGAAGCAACUGAAAAUGGGAAAGUUGAAAACAAGCAGUAG